AUGGAUCUCCACCGCGAACUGCAGGUCACCUGGGACCAUAUCCUAAAAUCAUACAAGCCAGGUGCAAUCGAACUGAUGGGAGUAAUUAUUACUCAAACUGUCGGCUUUAUUAUCCCAGCAACGCUUUACAUGCUGAUCGAUACCCUGUUCCCCAAGUUCUCGCAGCGCCACAAAAUCCAGGGAGCCCGCCGACAACCGACCCACCAGCAAGUCCUGCACUGUGUGAAAGUUUCACUGUUCAACCACCUCUGGGUAGUGGCACUUCAUGGCAUACUGGUUUGGCUCACUGGGCUGGACCACGCCACUCUGAAUCUGGAUCCGAUAGUGCCCCCUUGGAAAGAGUUCAUCGGGGACUUUGUCUUUGGCCUCCUAGCGCGAGAAAUAUCGUUUUACUACAUCCACCGUGCUCUACAUCACCCGAGCAUCUAUGUGUAUAUCCAUAAAAUGCACCACAAAUACGUUACCCCUGUGGCGUUCGCAGCGGAGUACGCCCAUCCUGUCGAGCAUAUCCUCGCAAAUGUCAUGCCGGUUACGCUGCCUUUGUAUCUCAAAGGCGCACACAUCCUGUCGAUUAUGGCAUUUGUUACCUUUGAGCUCUGGGAGGCUGCGGCGGACCACAGCGGGUACGACUUCUUGAAAUUGCCGCCGGCCGAACUGCAUGACUUGCACCAUGAGAAAUUCCGUGUGAAUUAUGGGACUAUUGGAUUGAUGGACUGGAUCCAUGGGACAGAUGUUGUGGGGUGGGAUAAACCCAAGGCGAAACAGGCCAAGAAGGAUGAAUGA